GGUAAAUUGCGGAACGAGAUUUUUGACUGGUUGCAUCAUGAUAGGGGAGGCUCGUUCACGGUUCCGCAAAACACAGCAGCCGGUAAAACAAACAGAGACAACAGUCACGCUGACCCUACCGGCAUGGAAGGUCCAAAGAAGCGACGUCCGUUCAGUGGUGAUGGUAAUGAUGAAGCUGAAAUAUUUUGGUCUGAUAGUAAGAAACACAAGAAGAACAACGGCGAUGGGUUUAGCGACGAUGAGACGAUGAGAAUGCAUGAUAAUCAUUGUGAUGGCCGUACGCCAAAUGCUCGCUUCUGGGAAAAGGUAGAUUCAAUGGCGGGCGAAGGCCCCUCUUUCUCGAAGUCGGCAAACAUUCCAGAAGUCGAUGUUUCAACGCCGAUUGGACCAGAAAUUGUAUCAAAGCCAGCAAAACCGACUCUCCCGGAACCGUUGGAGGGCGAGGGGGGAGAUGAGUCUCCAAUAUCAGGGCUAAAUUUGUUAGCAGAAGAGGUUGAAAAGGGGACACGGAGUGACAAUGUCUAUAAAGAUCCACAGGAGAACACUUGUAGGAUGCUUACCGUUUGGUCUCAUCCUGAAUCUUACGUCCUUCCGCCGGAGGAACAAGGUGGUAAAGCGUCACCGACAAAUUCUGAAGAUUACAAGACACCGCCAGAGGAUGAUCCGAUGACUGAAUGUCGCACACCAGACGUUGGGAAUUCGAAGCUGAGUCGAUAUCUGACUAGGUCAUUAAAAAAAGCAGAGCUAGAAGGGAAAUGUAUUCCAAUAAGCUCAACCAAAAAAGAUGACCUCCAGACGAAGCGUAUUCCGAGACGUUCAACAAAGAUUGGAGGAGUGUACACCCCAGACAAGAGAUUGAAGAAGCUUUUCCAAAGCUGCAAGAAACCCAAAUAUACGCCCUUAGCAGACUUGGAGAAAGCGCAGUUUCAAGAGUUUCAGUCAAUUCUCCGCGAGAAACCGGCACAGGAAUUCGAAAUUGUUAUUGGGAUCCAUGUCUCAAAUAAGUUCUUCCUGUCGUUGGCGCGGCCAACAAAUUGGGUCAGUACCGAGCACAUUUCUGUGCUAAUUAGUAUGCUAGUAAGGCGACAUGGACGCAAUUAUCUGAGUCGGAGGUGCAGAUUUGUAGACUACUUCAGUAUUGCGGGCAUCAUAUCAAAGUUCGCAGAGUUCGAGAAGGCCUCAGAUAAAUUGGGAUUCAACUGGGGAGGGCUUGUCAGUUUCAGUUUCACCGGAAAAACGCCGCGUCGGAAUGACAAGAAGGUGUUGUUGGUUGAUGUGGACAGGGUGUACGCCCCAAUGAUGUGGGGAAAAGAUCAUUGGGUUGGUCUUGUGAUCAACUUGACAUGCAGACAAGUGGAGAUUUUGGACUGCAACAUUCCCCUUAAUGAGUCCGAUAAUGAGGUGAACAAGCACAUGGCUUAUCUUCUACGCGCAUUGCCUCAUGUCUUAGCUGCGUUUUCGCCUCCUUCCGAUAGUAGUCAUCCUGAAGAAGACCAAGCAUUUUCAUGGGUGCGUCCAGACAAUAUUUACUUCAACGAAAGGUCUGGCGACUGUGGACCAUGCGCGGUCAAAUUUCUGGAAAUGCAUGCAGCGGGAUACUCCUAUGAGGAUAUGGGGCAGAUCGAUGACAAAAAGGUGGACAUAUUCCGUCAGAAAUACGCGAUGGAUACCUAUGAAGAAUUUAUUGGAAACGCAAAAGUUCAAAACGAUGGUUGAAGACGUGUAUACUGCCUGCUUCAUUUCGUUUGUUAAACCGAAUUGUUAACGGUUAUUGUAUCUUUUCAUUCAUCCAGACACUAUAAUUCAAACAGAUCAGUUUAUCUUUGAAGGUUUUAUAUCGUAUUUCUUAUAUAUUUAGGGUUUAGGGUUUAGGGUUUAGGGUUUAGUGUUUAGGGUUUAGGGUUGCAUGUUUAGGGUUUAGGGUUAUUAGAGUAUAAUAUCCAUGCAAGAUCUCACCAUAGUGUGUUAGUUAUUUGUUUCAAAGGAAAACAAUUUCAGAAGUAGUUGGUGUUUUUACUGUUUCAUUUAAUAAGUAUUAGUGUAAAAUUUAAAAAUUGAUUGCAAUAACUAUUUCUCUGAGA